AUGUGUACAUGUAUGAUUGCGAAGAUACGAAAUACAAAUGAGGAAUUCUCAAUAGAGUAUAUAGUUAAAGUUUCCAUUGGACUAUGCACUGGAUGCCUAUUUUUUGGAUUAUCUGUCAUCUAUUUCUAUAUGCAAUAUCAGGAUUUCCAUAGAAAACAGACAGAUGAUUGGGAUAGCAAUAAAUAUAAACCUGUUGUGAUAAUUGGGGGUUCUGACUGCGCAAUAUGUUUAAAGCAGAAGGACAGUAGAAGUGAGCCUGUAGUAACUUUAUUUUGUAAGCACGAAUUCCAUACAAAAUGUGCUCGUGGAUGGAUUUUAAUCAGUGAAAAGGAAAGAUGCUGUCUUUGUCGUUCUUCCAUAAGUUCAUUUACAAAAUCUGAAAUAACAGACGCUAUGAAAGAAGAAAAUAGAUUCAUUCAAACGAACACAUCUGACAACAAUACAGGUCAGUGUGUAAUAUGA